AAAGGCAGUGACGUGUGAAUUACCAAACACGAACAAAAUCAUCACUUUAACCUUAACUGCCGCCAUAAACCGCUCCCUGUGCACCUCAGAAGCCCUAGACACCAACUCGCCAAAAACACCAACACAGCAUUAGCCUCAAAAAUCCUCUCAAAAUCCUUACCAAAAGAGACACAGAGGAAUCUUUGUAAGAAAAGUUGCUGUCCUUCUUGUCUAAGAAGCUAAAAUGGAAAGCAGCAGCAGCAAUAGCGAUGUAGUGCCAGAAUCAGCCAUGGAAGCAGUGGAAAGAACCUUAGCAAAUGUAAAACAAGUAGAGACCCAUUUGCUUGAAUUCUUGUCUCUUGCUAACCCUGAUGUCCUUGAUGAAAUGCCACCUCUUCAAAGGGCUCAAUCUCUCUUUAUGCUUGCUAAGGCCACUUCUACUCUCUUUGCAUUGAGAUUGAGAACUACUGGAAUUCACCCAGAUGAACAUCCUAUCAAGACAGAGCUUGAGAGAUUGAACUUGUAUCAAGACAAACUAGAGCAGUUUGUAGAUAUAAGUAAAGAACCAUUGCACCGUUCUACUACUUUAAAUUACCAGGCUGCAACCCGUUUCAUUGAGCAUUCACUGCCUGACCUUACCCCCGAACAGCGGAAAAGCAUGAGGAAUAUCAGUAAAGGAGAAGGGCCCAAGAUUAAGUAUACAGAGAGGAGCACCCACAAGAAGAGAAAAUGCGAUACAUCUGAAAAACAAUCAGUACAAGCUGCUGCCCAAGAGUUUCUUGAAAAAGCUGCACGCGAGCUUUUUGGGGGCAACACAGAUGGUUUCAAGGGACCUCUUAUAAAAACUGAUUCAUCAUCUGAAGAUAAACUGGCUGUGGAUUGAUUUUCUAAUAUAUCCUGGUACAUCAUAAGAUCAUGAUUUCAUAGACGAGGUCUGCCAGUGUUUGCAUCAACUGGCCUAUUUUUGUGAAUGAAUUCGUAUUGUCAACAGUGUAUCAUGUCAAUGGGUAUCCUAGAGCAUCACUAGACCCUCCCAGAGCAUUAACAAUUUUGUUCCCUUAUCCACCGUGGUGAAGAAAAAGCACAAUACUGUAAGUAAUAAACAGCUGCGCUUAGCCAACUUUUCUCGCGCGUUGUAAUUUGGAUUGGGAAGGACAGCUUUUAAAUUUAGGGAGAGAGGUGAUGUGGUUGU